CUGAGGAGCAGGAUUUCCCGGCCCCGCCUCUUCCGUCCGCGGCGACCGGAAGCGGGGCAGUGGCGCCGGAAGUUGAGGGAGUUUCCUGUGAGCUCGGCUUCCUCAAUAUGGCGGCGCCCUUGUCAGUGGAGGUGGAGUUCGGAGGCGGUGCGGAGCUCCUGUUUGACGGCGUGAAGAAACAUCAGGUCACCUUGCCCGGACAGGACGAACCCUGGGACGUCCGGAACCUCCUUGUCUGGAUCAAGAAGAACUUGCUCAAAGAGCGGCCAGAGUUGUUCAUCCAGGGAGACAGCGUGCGGCCAGGGAUUCUGGUGCUGAUUAACGAUGCUGACUGGGAACUGCUGGGGGAGCUGGACUACCAGCUUCAGGACCAGGACAGCAUCCUCUUCAUAUCCACGCUGCACGGCGGCUAAGGGCCCUCCUCUGUGCCUGAGCCGCCUCGGGGUGGCGAGACCAUCAGCCGUCCCCUUGGGCCCUGCUUCCAGAUCUUCCUGUCCCCCUUGGCGGUUUUCUUCCCUAGUCUGUCCCCUGCGCUCCCUCCAGGCAGGGAAAAGAGGCCAGGUGCUAAAAAUGAGCCUCCUCAGGCACGUGAGCAGGGAGAGGCUGAGCAGGGGGGAGGCUGAGCAGGGGGGAGGCUGAGCAGGGGGAGGCUGAGCAGGGGGAGGCUGAGCAGGGGGGAGGCUGAGCAGGGGGAGGCUGAGCAGGGGAAGGUGCCCCUCAGUGUGUCAGGAGUGGGGUCUGUGCAGCCAGGUAAUAACCCAGCUGCUUUCUGCUCCUCUUCCUCCUCGUGCCUCAGCCCAUACACCCAGUCACCACUCGUGGGCAGCAGGGCCCUCCUGGGGAAGAUGAAUGGACCUGAAUAGCUGAUGACAGGCCCUCCCUUCUCAGAGAUUGGAGGAGUCUCCGCCUCAGUUUCCCCAUCUGGAGGGCAGAGGACUCUGCCUGUCCCCUACUGAUAUCAUUAUGGAACCCCAGCUGGGGUCCCCUAUUCAGUGCUGACCCCCCCCCCCCAACAGCAGCUGCUCCUCCAACCACACCCCUCCUCCUGCUCCCCCAGCCACAGCCCUUGACCCUGGCCAUCCUCCCCCAACACAGGCCACCAGAUGGGCUCCUGAGACGCCCCCUCCCCGCAAAAGGCCUCCUCCAUGCAGCUCAUUCCUCUGGGGCUGGAGAGGAGGAGGGUGGAGGUAAACCUUGGACUUGCAGAUAGACUCCUGCUGUGCAGGGGGGGGGGGGUCCCUGUGCCUUAGUGUCCUCCUCAACCACAACUGAAUUUUUAUAGUGUUUGAGAAGUGGGGAGAUCCUUGAUGGCACCAAUGUAGACUUGAUCUCCUCUCCCACCUCCUGCAGGAAGCAGGAUCGGGGCAGGCAGCACCUGGUAGGUAGGCAGGAUGGCACGCCCCUCCUCCCUCCAUCCCUUCUGGAAGUCCUGGGCCUCAGGGCCUGCAACAGCUGGCCUUGGGCAAAUAAAAGACUAGGUUGUUUACUGGA